AUGAAGACUGAAUUCAAGUUCUCCAAUCUGCUGGGCACUGUCUACAGCAGAGGCAACCUGCUCUUUGCGCCCGACGGAACCUGCCUUCUUUCGCCCGUUGGAAAUCGAGUCUCUGUGUUCGAUCUCGUCAAUAACAAGUCAUAUACCCUCCCGUUCGCCCACCGACGGAACAUCGCCCGCCUCGCCCUCAAUCCUCGAGGGAAUCUUCUUCUCUCCGUCGACGAAGAUGGUCGCGCAAUCCUCACCAACCUCCCCCGGAGAGUCGCUCUCUACCACUUCGCCUUCAAGGGCGAAGUGACCGCCCUCUCGUUUGCGCCCUCAGGUCGACACUUCGCCGUAGCCAUUGGCCGGAGAGUGGAAGUAUGGCAUACACCAUCAACACCUGACGUAGCAGACGGUGACCUUGAGUUUGCGCCUUUCGUACGACAUCACUCCCACGCAGGACACUUCGACGAAAUACAAAGCAUAGAAUGGUCGAGAGACUCGCGCUUUUUCUUGACCGCCUCCAAAGAUUUGACCACCAGGAUGUGGAGUCUAAAUCCCGAGGAAGGCUUCGUACCUACUACACUAGGUGGCCAUCGACAAGGGGUCGUGGGAGCUUGGUUCUCAAAAGACCAGGAAACGAUAUACACCGUCAGCAAAGACGGCGCACUCUUCCAGUGGAAUUACGUGUUGCGACCAAAUGCGACAGAGGAUGCAGAAAUGGGUGACGAUAACAUGCAGUGGAGAAUUACCGACAGGCAUUACUUCAUGCAAAAUAACGCCAACGUAACGUGCGCAGCAUUUCACGCCGAAUCGAAUCUCCUAGUGACGGGAUUCUCCAACGGCAUAUUCGGUAUCUACGAAUUACCCGAGUUCAGCACGAUCCAAACUCUAAGUAUUUCACAAAACGACAUCGACUAUGUAGCCAUUAACAAGACUGGUGAAUGGCUCGCUUUUGGCGCGUCAAAAUUAGGCCAGCUCUUAGUUUGGGAGUGGCAGUCCGAGUCAUACAUCCUGAAGCAGCAGGGCCAUUACGAUUCGAUGAAUUCCAUUGCGUACUCUCCAGACGGGCAAAAGAUUAUCACCACAGCAGACGACGGGAAGAUCAAAGUCUGGGACGUAAACUCUGGAUUCUGCAUUGUAACCUUCACUGAACAUACCAGCGGCGUCACAGCCUGCGAAUUCGCAAAGAGGGGGAACGUUCUAUUCACAUCGAGUCUCGACGGCUCAGUCCGAGCAUGGGACCUCAUACGAUAUCGAAAUUUCCGGACGUUCACUGCCCCAACUAGGCUGUCAUUUUCAUCUUUGGCUGUAGAUCCAAGCGGAGAGGUUAUAUGUGCUGGAUCUAUCGACUCGUUCGAUAUCCAUAUCUGGUCGGUCCAAACAGGCCAGCUAUUAGAUCAGCUCACCGGCCACGAAGGACCCGUAUCGUCACUCGCUUUCGCCCCAGAUAGCAGCGCGUUGGUCAGCGGUAGCUGGGACCACACGGUCCGGAUAUGGAGUAUAUUCGCGCGAACUCAAACCAGUGAGCCGCUGCAACUCAUGGCUGACGUUUUAUGCGUUGCUUUCCGUCCCGAUUCGAAACAGAUCGCUGUCACAACUCUCGAUGGCCAACUUACCUUCUGGUCCGUAUCCGAGGCAUCCCAACAGAACGGAAUCGACGCUCGUCGUGAUGUCUCUGGCGGUCGCAAACUGACGGAUCGUCGCACUGCUGCAAACGUAGCAGGCACGAAAAGCUUCACCACCGUCACAUACAGUGCUGACGGCACCUGUGUCUUAGCUGGAGGCAAUAGCAAGUACAUCUGCCUGUAUGACGUGCAGUCAGGUGUUUUGGCUAAGAAGUACACCGUCUCGGUCAACCUAUCUCUAGAUGGAACGCAAGAGUUCCUGAACAGUAAGCUUCUCACUGAGGCUGGGCCGAGAGGCCUGAUUGACGAUCAGGGGGAGGCAUCUGACCUCGAGGAUCGCCUCGACCGGAGCCUGCCUGGUGCAACACGCGGGGAUGCUGCCACUCGUAGGACGAGACCGGAAGUGCGCGUCCCUGCUGUUGCAUUUGCGCCCACCGGCAGAGCAUUCUGUGCAGCAUCAACAGAAGGCCUGCUGAUCUACUCCCUGGACACUGCCCUUCUGUUUGAUCCGUUCGAUCUCGAUAUCACUGUCACACCCGAAAGCACCCUCGAGACGCUGAGGCAGCGAGACUUUCUCAAAGCACUGGUCAUGGCUUUCCGACUCAAUGAACGCGCACUUAUUCGGCGCGUCUACGAGGCUACACCAAUCUCCGAUAUCCCUCUCGUCGUGAGGGACAUGCCCGCUGUCUAUCUCGCACGUUUGUUGCGAUUUGCAGCCUUGCAGGCGGACGAGAGCCCUCAUCUUGAGUUCAACCUGAUAUGGAUCGAAGCGCUUCUGAGCAAGCACGGUCGAUGGUUGAAAGAGAACAAGGGCACCCUGGACGCAGAACUGCGAAGUUUACAGAAGGCUGUUGUUCGAAUUCAGACCGAAUUGGCCAGACUGGCAGACGAGAAUGUGUACAGGAUCGAGUACCUGCUCGCACAACCUCUCAUUGGAGAGGAGGUACAGGAGAAGAGACUAGAGUUUGAGGUGGACGAAGGGAGCGACUUGGGCCCCGACAGCGAGGAUAUGGACGAUGAGGGGGAGUGGGUAGGCCUGGAUUGAGGUACCUAUUUCGGUGUGAACUGUUUCGAGACACACACUAGGACGCCCGAGGCUAAUGGCAUCUGCAAAGUCGCUUGGCCAUGUGAGGUACUCUUGUCAGGCCUGUCGUGAUGCUGUGAAGCCGUGUUCCUGG